AUGCCUGUCCUGCCCACCUKCGUGUGGGAAGAUCUGGAUUUCAGGAGGCCCUGGAUGAGCUCACCACCUCCGAGUUCCUGUUGCGCUCCCCUCUCCCAGCUGGAGUUCCGUUCCCAGACUGUCUUCAUCAGUGGCUUCCGAAACCGCAUUCAGCUGAGGAAAGACCAUCAAUGUCAGGCAUUUGUGAGGAGAGUCAUAAGGAGUCAUCUCUUUCAGAUAAUUAUGAUUAGCACCGUCUCUUUGAAUGCCUUUCUUACAGUCUUGUGGACCAGUUAUGAAAUAAGAUACCGCUUGUACAGAGUUUUUGAGAUCUCAGAGAUCAUCUUUGUGUCCAUCUGCACCUCCGAGUUCGCCAUGAAGGUCUACGUGGACCCCAUCGACUACUGGAAGGAUGGCUACAACAUGCUGGAUGUGUUCAUCCUCAUCAUCAUCUUCAUUCCCUACCUGCUCCACAAGAUCAAGGGCAAACACUACCCCUACCACAACAUCGCCGAGGGCAUACAGUCCCUGCGCAUCCUCAAGCUCAUCCCCUAUAGCCGAGGCAUCAGGACGCUCAUCACUGCCGUGGGGCAGACUGUCUACACCGUGGCCUCUGUGCUCACCCUCCUCUUUGUCCUGAUGUACAUCUUUGCUAUCUUGGGCUUCUGCUUGUUUGGAAUUGUAGAGAACGGUGACCUGAAUAACUGGGGGAGCCUGGCGUUGUCUUUCUUCACCCUCUUCAGCUUGGCCACGGUGGAUGGCUGGACAAACCUCCAGGAACAGUUGGACAUGCGGAAUUUUACUCUGAGCCGGGUGUUCACCAUUGCCUUCAUUUUGCUUGCCUCCUUCAUCUUUCUCAACAUGUUCGUGGGGGUGAUGAUCAUGCACACGGAGGACUCCAUCAAAAAGUUUGAGCGGGAACUGAAGCUGGAGAGGCAAGUCACCCUGAUGGAGGAGAAGCAGGUGAUUCUGAAACGGCAGCAGGAGGAAGUGGACAGGCUGAUGAAGACACAGAGCAAUGUUGGCAAGAGUUUCAGUGAGUUGGUGGAGGACUUCAAGAAGACUCUGCGGCACACUGACCCCAUGGUCUUGGAUGAUUUUGGCACUAGCCUACCCUUCAUUGAUGUCUACUUAUCCACUCUGGACAACCAGGACAAUACUGUCAACAAGCUUCAGGAGCUGUACUACGAGAUCGUCAACGUGCUGUGCCUGAUGCUCGAGGACUUGCCCAAGGAGAAGUCCCAGGCCUUGCAACGGCUGGAGGAGAAGUAG